GAUUCACCUUAAAGAUGAAUCCAACAACACUGGUCACAAACACUGUGCUGCUCUUCUCUCUGACCGCCGUCUAUGGGGGAAAUGUGCUGGUCGUCCCAUUGGAUGGAAGCCACUGGGUGAACAUGAAAGUCCUCAUUGAAGAACUGCACUCCAGAGGCCAUAACAUCACAGUGAUUCGUCCAUCUACCAACUGGUACAUCAAGGAGAAGUCCCCUCACUACUCUUGUAUCACCAUCCCACUAUCUGGUGGUGGAAUUGACGAGAAGUUCUUUAGUUCCUUUGUGACCAGACUACUGCAGAUCCAAAGAGAGGGAAGAGGUUUCUGGUCACGUAUGAGUCUGGAGAUUGAAAUAGGUAAGCAGUUCUAUGGGUUACACAAGGAUUUGGUUGAGAUGAUGACUACGAUGUUUGAAGAUGCAGAACUCAUGCGAUCGUUUCGCACUGCAAACUAUGACCUGGUUUUGACUGAUCCUGCCAUUGGUGCAGGAGUGUUUCUCGCUCACCGCCUAGGUCUUCCUCUUGUCUUCAAUGUCCGGUGGACAGUCCAGGGAGAGAGUCACUUUGCCAUUGCGCCCUCACCUCUCUCAUAUGUCCCAGUGCCAGGAUCACUGCUUACAGACAGAAUGACUUUUUAUGAGAGAGUCAAAAAUAUUUUCUUUUUUCUUUUUUCAAGGAUUCAAAUCUCAUUUGUCGUAGACGCUAACUACAUUCCAUUUGUACGUCGUUACUUUGGCCCUGAUGUUCACUACAUGUCAUUGUUCCAGGAAGCAGACAUCUGGCUCAUGAGAAAUGACUUUACCUUUGAGUUUCCACGUCCUACCAUGCCAAAUGUGGUCUACAUGGGUGGCUUCCAGUGUAAGCCCUCCAAACCACUUCCCCAGGACAUGGAGGACUUUGUCCAGAGCUCUGGGGACCAUGGUGUCAUUAUAAUGUCACUGGGGACCUUGGUGGGACAACUACCUGAGGACAUUGCUGAGGAAAUUGCAGCUGCGUUCGCCCAACUGCCACAGAGGGUCGUCUGGAGGCACACUGGGAAGAGACCCACCUCCCUCGGCAAUAACACCUUACUAGUGAACUGGCUUCCCCAGAACGACCUCCUUGGACACCCUAAGACCCGAGCCUUUGUAGCCCACGGUGGCACCAAUGGGGUCCAGGAGGCCAUCUACCAUGGUGUCCCCAUAGUGGGCCUCCCGUUGGUCUUUGACCAGCCAGAUAACCUCAACAGGAUGAGGGCUAAGGGAGUAGCUAAGAUAGUGGAUAUCGCCUCCAUGAACAGAGACAUUUUCCUGGAGACAGUGAAGGCUGUUCUCUAUGAGCCCUCUUACAGGGAGAACAUGCAGAAACUGUCCAGACUACACAGGGACCAGCCCAUGAAGCCAUUGGACCGUGCCAUGUUCUGGAUCGAGUUCGUCAUGAGGAACAAAGGAGCGGCACAUCUGAGGACAGAGUCCUACAAGAUGUCUUGGUUCACCUACCACUCUGUUGAUGUCAUAGCUACGUUACUGGCAAUGUUGUUGCUCAUCAUUUUGGUUAGCAUUUUAGCUUUUAGGCUUUUGUGGCGGAAGGUGUUGUGUAGCAGGAAAGUAAAAUAUGAAUAAAAUAUGUUUUAAGGUGUUAACGUAUAGGAAAAUGUAAUCUUAUUAUCAAUAAUUAUUUAAAUACAUUUUCAAAUGAUUAUUUGUGUAACGUCUGCUCCACGUGGCACCGCAGCUCCUCUUCCUAUCCGGCGCUCCACCUCGCCGAUGUACUAACCACCGGCCAGAGAGUGAUGGCAGCAGCGCGCCCCAAGGUUGCUCCUGUUUCCACUUAGUUAUUAGUUUGGUAUAUCUUGUGUUCGUUUGCCACCGCAAUACAGAGAUGAUUGUUUCUGUCGUCUGAACGUGAGGUGCGUGAUCUGUUUGUUAACUAAAAGCCUAAGAACAUUUAAAGAAUUGAACCGUCUUCGCCUGAGUUUUGUUUUUUCUUUCCAGUUCCUCAUUUUUACGCAUGCUUGGCACUCACACUGUCACAAUUAAUAUAAUUAUAUUCUUUCUCAAACCUUUCCUUCUGCAACAUCAAUAAGGCCACAAUAAUGUAUGCUUGUUUUCCACAUGGUACAUUGUAAAUCAAAUAUGCUGAGCCAGAGUUAUAAAAACACAACAUUGUGGGAUAAAGAACUGCAAAACUAAGACCUUGGACCACAUUCUUAUAUUGACGGAAGCUUUCAAAUUCUACAAAAAAUACUAAAUACUUCAAGGGUAACUU